UCUUGUGUGUGUGUGCUUGCACAGCAAUGAGCUCUGAGGAUGCAAAUGUGUGACUUUGAAAGCCAUUGAGUGACCUUCUGGCAUGUGGUUGUUGGUAUUAGCAGCAUAUUUGCCCUCCAGAUCAGGUGAGACAUGAGCUGGUGUUCCCAAUCCUUUUGCUCUCCCAGGGUGACCCAGGUCACAAGCAGGAGAGGGGACGGAGGGAACAGCGGAAGCAAGCAACCCUCAUAGUGAGGACCCCGACAGUACUCGCCGAACAAGCCUGACACAUAGAAGGACUCCAUAGGUUUGGAAAAAGCCCGUUUCUUGGGUUGAACUGAUUUUUGCCUGGGGCUUGUCCUGUUGCUAAGAAGAGACUAUCUGCAGCAGGCGCUGGAGAGAUACAAACUGUACAUUUGCUUCGGGGCUUUUCCUCAACGAUCUGUGCCUGGACAAACAGAGAACUGCAUUUCUUGGCUUCCUGCCCAUCUGGAGUGGGGAAGCAUCCUGCUACAUUGGCAAGACAUCAACCGGACUCCACAGGAGAAUGAACAAAAAGAAUGGCCUCCUAUCCUCGGCUGGAGAAAAACCACUCACAGGAUUUCAGGUCCGCCGCGCACCGUGGAGAAAAUGCCUUAUCGGUAGGUAAGAGAGGCUUCCUUGCCAUUCUUGGAGCGUUCCCUCCAUGGUCCAAAUGUCACCCAUGCUUUAGAGCCAAACCAAAGUCUUCACUAAGCGCCCAGAAGGCAGGCAAGCGAGUCCUUGUUUAUGGCCAACGUGGUGGGACUUCGGAAGAGUCCUGAUUGUGUCACACUCUGACCCGUGGGAGUUCUUCACCGCUCGAUGGGCACAUCUGGAUAUUCAGUGAAGCGAGGGGUUGCCAGACUUCUCAAGUCUUCAGAGCAAGGUGGGGGAGAUAAUGUUGAAACUUCUGGUGGGAGGCGACUGGGGGUGCAGGGCUCAGAGAACAGGUGGGUCCUGCUUUACAAUGCUCAAGUUCAAUUCAAAACAGCAGCAGCAGCAGCACCAGUGACCCUCCAGGUGUUCUAUACCUGGCCUCUACUCUCAGUCCAGAUGUCAGUGUCUUGCCUGCCACCGAGGCUGGUACCACUGGGGACAGGCACAGCAAGUCUGGUCACUGGAGGAUUUUGCAGGUUUCAUGUCUCAAAACACAGAACCCCGUGUUCUGGCCACCCCAACUAGCAGGCAGCCACAGAGGUUGCUCCUUACCAGGCACUACAGUAGAAUUGGUAACCGAUCUAAAGAGUGUUACCCGAGCAUCUAUUAUGUGCCAGGUCCUGAACAAAGUGGGCGGAUUCACUACAGCUUUCCAGCAAGUGCAUGGCAAGGCUGCGACUCGAAUCAAGCCCGACUGACAGCAGACUUCCUGUUCUGGACCAUGGCUGUGAAGUGAAAGAUCCUACUAUCGCCUCUACUUCCCCAUAGGGCAUUUGGACCAAAUGGAUGAUAUCCAUCCUAACGAGUGUGAAGUUGUACCUCAUUAUGGGCUUGACUUGCCAUCGACCCAGUGUUAGUGAUGGUCAGCUACCGCUCCUCUCUCCGCUAACCAUCCUCCAUGCAUCUCCUGUUGUCUUUUCUGGAGCCUCUUUCUGCCUGCGGCCUAAUAACUUGGUAUUCCCACUUGAGUCAUUUGCUGAGACUUCAGGAAGCUGCCCACACGGAUCUGGCUGCCACCGGGGGUUUCCGGCAGGCCACCACGCUGCCACAUCACCUCGGAUCAUUUUCCACGCAUUCUCGGUGGUUCAGCCACCCCAGCUGAGUGGGGAUUCAUGUCAGCACAGUCAUUCAUUCAACCACUGCACAAGCAGCACCUACAGUGCGCCACACACACUGCUUGAAGCCCGGGGAAUGCUAAGACAGAUGAAGUGCAAAUCCCCCCCACCCCCCCACCCUGAGCAGCUUGCAGACUACCAGGGAGCCUGGCAGGAGACUGAUUGCGUGGAUUCUCUGCCCUCGGUGUUAGACUCUACUCGCUCUUCUUUCUGUUUUCCAAUGAGAUCCUUUGCGGAAAGCUGCCACCCAGCAAGCUCGUCUUUCCAUUCAUUGUCAAACUUUACAACCAGACUGCACCUGGUCAUUGAAGCUCCGCAGCGCGCCUUCUCGUCUACACACCCGCCCUUCCGAUUGUCUUCCCAAGGCAGAGUACUACUCUUUGAAUCCUUCAUACUUCUUUGAUCUCCCAACAUCAUCACCAUAACCCAUGAAUGAGAUGUCUGUGGCCGGUCUGGGACCCUCUUAUCCUUUCCCUACUGCAUAUACGGGCACCUAUAGAGGACACUCUCUAUUCCAAAGAUACAAAUGAAAAAUUUGGAGAUGAUCUAUUUGUAAAUGGUCAACUUGCUGGAAUAACAAUAAUACAGGCCUGGUCUUUUGAGAACUACUGAUUAUUAAAGACCAGAGAGGUUGCCAUGUUCUUCCUGGCUGGUUUCACUUCACCUGGGACUGACAUUAAAGCAAGUGUAUUGUUUUGAGUAUGGAUACAGGUUCUUCCUCACAUCUGUCUGUUGGGGACAAACUGGAGCAUGAACAUCAGAGAAAAGGCAAUAUUAUUUCUUCAAAAGUACGUAUCCCUUUUGGAAAUAAUACUUGACGACCUUCUUCUUCUUCUUCUUCUUCUUCUUCAUGUCACGGAAUUGCUAGUGUCAUUAGCAGCAAAUUUGGCUUGUGGAGCCUUCUAUCUGCCAUGCUAGUAGUCGUUCUGUGAAACGCCGCCUCCUUGGUAAUACUGAAUCGCACUGUUAGAUGGCGUCACUCGAAGAGAUAAUGAGAAGUGAAGCAAACGUUAUAUACGCCAUCCUUCCACUCAGCUGUAAGAGCUGUUCUUCUAUUUUCUUCUGAGGACUGAUUAUUCUCCAUCUCGUGGCAAUUUCCAUGUCAUUCUUUGAAAAGAAGUAAAGCAAUAUAAUGAGAAGGCAACAAGCACUUGUCACUGCUGAUCCCUUCACAGACACAGGGAUGGAUUACGUUCUGACAUAUGUGCCACAAAUACGGAUAUGGACGGAAGCUGCCCAUUGCAAGAGUCAACAUGUGUCUGCCAAAGCAAACACAGUGACGUUCUAUUAAAGAUGUCUGUCUUUAGAAAGCA